CAUAUCGGGUGGCAACGUCUGGGUUUAUCGCAACCUCAGUGGUCUUUGGUUUUAGUUUGCAUUUGCAUUGCGCAAAGUGCAAAUCUCAGCAAAAACGCAGGCAAUCAUGUCGUUUUGGAGCCACGUACUGGAUGCCCUGCUGGCACUGGUCCACAUCCUAAGCGAUCGCCUCCUGGAGUUCAUUUUGGGAUGGUAUCUGGGUGACCACAAACGGGUUCCGGGUCCACCGAGCGUGGAACAGCAGUCCCUGCUCAGCAAAAGCGCCGUGGACUUGGCCCAACAGAUACGGGAACGCAAGAUCCGGAGUUACGACAUUGUCAAGGCCUACUGCGAACGGAUCGAUAGUGUUAAUCGGGACCUUAAUGCCGUGGUGGAUGGCCCGUUUCCGGAGGCCUUGGAUCAGGCACGCGAAAUCGACCGGAGGCUGGCCAAAAAGGAGUACACCGAUGAGGACUUCCGGCGUCAGCCCUUCCUGGGUGUUCCCUUUUCCACCAAGGAUAGUACCGCUGUGGCUGGAAAGCUCCAUACCUUGGGUCUACUAUCCCGGAAAUCGGAACGUUCGUCCACGGAUGCCGAAUGCGUUCGCCUGAUGAAGGAGAGUGGCGCCAUUAUCAUCGCCACGAGUAAUGUUCCGGAGGUGAACAAGUGGAUUGAGUCCAGGAAUAUGCUGAUUGGUGGCACCAACAAUCCCUACGAUCUGCGACGAUCUGUGGGAGGUUCUUCCGGUGGAGAAGCCGCUCUUAUCGCCGCCUGUUGCACGGGUUUCGGCUUGGGAACUGAUAUAGGUGGUUCUAUACGGAUACCGGCCUUCAAUUGCGGCGUCUUCGGGCACAAACCCUCUUCCGGAGCAGUCAAUAUGUCUGGGUGUACCUUUAGAACCGGUAAGGAGAAGGAUACGAUGGUAUGCGCCGGUCCCAUGAGUCGUUCUGCUCGGGAUUUGCUGCCCAUGAUGCAGGUCCUCAUAGAACCAUCGCUUAAGGCAAAGCUUAAACUGGAUGAGCAGGUGGAUCUGAAGCGGCUGCGUUACUUCUAUGUGGCCUCCAAUGGCAUGGCUCAAUGCAAUCCUAUAAACAAGGAAACGGAGAGGGUUAUGUACAAGAUUCGCAAACAUUUCGAGAAUCUGACUGGCAAAGAUGUGCGACAUGCUGACAUACCCAAUACCAAGAUAACCGGCAAGAUGUGGCGCUAUUGGAUGACCCAGGAACCGGCCAACUUUAAUCUGUUGUUGGGAAACGGUGCCGAACUCAAUCCUUUUGUGGAGCUCUUUAAGAAAAUCCUUGGACAAAGUGACUAUAGCAUGGCUGCUAUUUAUGGCCUAAUUGACAGUGUGCUGCCGAAGGAAAAGGAGAAGCUGAUCCGGGAAGCCACGGCAAAGUGUAAGAAGUCAGUCCAGGAUUUACUCGGCGACGAUGGAGUGCUAUUUUUCCAUAGUUCUCCGAGGACAGCGCCGUUCCACUUUUAUCCGCUGAUCAAGUUCAAUGAUUUUGCCUACUUCAGUCUGUUCAAUGUGCUCCAUUUGCCAGCCACCCAGGUUCCCAUGGGCCUCGACUCCAAGGGGCUGCCUUUGGGCAUCCAAGUGGUCUCCAAUCCGAAUAAUGAUCGCCUUUGUCUGGCGGUGGCGGAGGAACUGGAGAGAACUUUCGGCGGCUGGGUGCCUCCAUUUCCUCUGAAACAGUAGAUGUUUUCUAUGAUCAAAUAAUUGUUUAACUACUUUAGGUGUCGGUAACGCUGGAGACUGUCGCUUGUGGCCUUUGUUACAGGAAUUCAAUAAAUUGUACUCACUUUCUAA